UUUCAACUGCAGGAAUAUUAUUUUCAAAGAAGAUCAUUGCAGUUUUUCAGCGGAAAUCUUUUCCACUACUUACCUUGCUCUCUCGAGGACUCCGUUUAUUCAGCAUUCUUUGCGAUUGCGGGCACUUCUAAUGUCACCGGAGACGUUCAAACUUCCAAAGCGUCCACCACAGACCUGUCUGGCUGUGAUGUGUCACAUACAGCCAUCUUCAAUGUACCUCCGUUCAGAAGGCGGGCUGGGAGGCUGCGCGAAAGCUGGCUGCAAGAACGACCCGGCAGUCCUUCCGGUCAACCGCUCACAAAGAGGAAAGCUCUUCCUCUCCUCAACAAUCUCUCCGAUCCAGAAUUCGCCUUUCCCAUCUCUCUGCCCGGCCUUGAUCCCUGCAACCAUCUUGCCCCCAUCGUCGCGACUACAGCAACCACUGCAUCGCUUAGCACCAUGGCGACCAGCUGUGGUACCUUGGCUCCAACUCUGGGAUCUGGUUUGUGCACUGGUGCCACAGUGGACUGUGAACUUUCGCCUGUUUCCAGACCAGACGCUGGAUCUGGACACCAGUGGCCUGACAGGCAGACUAAGCAUGAUUCUGCUCCCGAGGGAUUCACAAGAGCAGUAUUCUCCUUGCCUUGGCCAUUCCAGGGCUCUCCAAGAUCGGCAGAACCAGAGAUGAUCAAUCCAACUCUCUUUCGCCGGUACAUGGACGCCAUCGCCGAACGAGAGGAGACCAUUAGAGCCCCGCUUACUCGAUUUUCAAUUGGCUUCUGCUCCUAUCUUGUCGUCAUCACUUGCCUUUUUCUUCUUCUGGCCAACCUCACUAAUCUUCUUAUUUCUGCUGCUCUCGCUCUCGCCUGGGUCGUCUUUCUGAGUAUUUGGAUGCUUGGCGCGAACUAUAAGCUUCAACAGAUCUCACAUUACCUUUAUGGCAUCCAGUUGCUACAUUUUGAAGACUAUUUCAUCCGUUUUUUGGGCAUCCAAUACUUACGGAAUCCCAGAAGCCUGUUUAUAGGAAAUGUCUUUUUGGCUUGCAAUGGAGCCGCCAAGGGAAAAAAGCUCGGGCUCACAGAUUCGGCCGGUGUUGAAUGCUUAGGCCUUUACAAUAUGCUUAAAACGAAGGUGGUACAUGAUAAGCAAUCGGAGACAAAUACCAACAUAGGCCGAUCAAGGAAUGACUAG